UCUCAGGUGGUUUGGCAGAUCUAACACUCCACGUCUCUUCUGAAAAGUUUUAUCUUAUUAUUCUUACACAUAUACGUGUGUGUAUAUAUACAUACAUAUAUAUGCACACACAUUUAUGCUUCCUGCACACGCUGAUAUAAGCACUAGUAACUGCCUUAAACUUCACCACAUCUUCUUUAUUGCAACUUCAAUUCCUCCUAACAAAGCGUCCAUUUAUUUCUCUGCUGUUCUCUUCAUUCAUUAACGUUUUGUGCGUCGUUGAACGUGAAUUGCGUCAGGAAUCGUCACAAUCUAUCAUCAAUGGACGAAAAGUAGCUUCCGUAAUUAUAGGAAAACAAUAUAUUACACGUUUCUUUCCGUUUCUGAGAACUCUGUAUAUAAUCAAAGAGGAGAAUUCGAUUUCCAAAGCACGGAGAAAGAGAGGUACAGAGAGAGACACAAGAGUUCGAUUCAGUAUUGAGGUUGAAAUUACAGAGCGACAGAGAGAAGAAUCAGAUCUGGUGAUUGUACGGCGUCGAUCGACGGUGAGAGAUGGGGAACUGUCAAGCGGCGGAGGCAGCGACGGUGGUGAUUCAACAUCCAGGCAACAAAGUGGAGAGGAUGUACUGGUCGGUGAGUGCUCACCAGGUCAUGACUUCAAAUCCCGGCCACUACGUCGCUCUCGUCGUCACCUCUCCGACGCCCAAUUCCGAUAACGGAACGCCGUUGAGGCAGCUCAAACUUCUCCGACCGGACGAUACGUUGCUUAUAGGACAAGUUUACCGGCUCAUCAGUUUCGAAGAUGUGUUGAAAGAGUUCGCUGCAAAGAAGUGCGUGAAACUCGGGAAAUUGCUGAAGCAGAGUGGAGGACUCUCUCCGGAGAAGAAGAAGAAGAAGAAGAAGACGGUCUCGGAUGGUCCACGCCCGAAUCCAAAACCUGAGAACUGCCCUUCCAUUAAGGUGGAACACGAGGUAUAUGGAGUGGUAGGAAGCAGCAGCAGCAGCGGAAGCAGUGGCAGAAGGCACCACGGUGGUGGUGGGGGACAAUGGAAGCCAGCCUUACAGAGCAUCGCAGAGGUUGGAACUUGAAUUCCCGCCACUAUAAAGUCACUAACUAGCUCCAUCUUCUAGUCUCCUCUCCUACUACAACACGUUCCAUCCCAAUCCCAAUCCUCUUACCCUUCAACCAGUAGGAAUAAAAAAAACUACCUGUUCACGUGUUUUUUAUAAUGUACCGUUUUUAAUAUUCUCUCUGGCUGUGUCAAGUUUUGAUCAGUGUCGACUCGGACACAUUUAUCAGUAUUUUCUAGAUCUAGGAGAUAUGCAUGCUAUUUGGACACGUGCACAAUGCAUCAUCAAAGUUAACAACUCUGUUAAAAAUUAAUGUAGUAGUAGUAAAUUCACCUAGUGGUUUAUCAUAAUCAGCCUCUUUGUAUUGUUCCCUGUUAUUGAUGUAGUUUCGAUGUGGCAUCGUCUGAUGUAGCUCACAUAUGUAA